GCUUGAAAAACUUUCCUCAUAAUGGGGACGAUUUCCGUCCAUCAAAUUGGUUAUUUCUUCAUCAUCCUCUUUACCUUUGUGCUUAUGGAUCUGUGCAAUUGUAGUGGAAGCAACAACAUGGGGGUUUGCAAGGAGAGGGAGAUGCAAGCACUAUUGUGCUUCAAGAAGGAGUUGGAAGAUCCAAUGAAUCGACUCUCCUCUUGGGUUGAUGGAGUUGAUUGUUGCACAAAAUGGGAGGGAGUUGUGUGCCACAAUGUAACCGGCCAUGUUGUUCAACUCCGGCUAACAAAUCCCAACUAUGGUUUUGAGUUUGAUCAUCUUCCAAAUGGUACACUCAGUCCUUGUUUACUAGAAUUGAAACAAUUAAGUCACCUUGAUUUUAGCGGUCUUAAUGGAUAUUUUAGUGGAUCUCGAAUCCCUAAUUUCAUAGGAUCUUUUGUAAACUUGCAAUAUCUUGAUUUAUCCAAUUUGGGAUUUCAAGGGAUCAUUCCCCAUCAACUUGGAAACCUUACAAGUUUGCACACCUUAAUUUUAAACUUUGAUGAUAUGAAGUCUGUCAUAAAAACUGAUAAUCUUGACUGGUUGUCCAAUCUUUCAAAUCUACGGUUAUUGGACCUGAGUUAUGUUAAUCUCAACAUGGCACAUAAUUGGCUAGAGGCCAUUAAUAUGCUUCCUUCCUUGCGUGAGCUUCAUUUAUCGGGUUGUGAUCUGCCCAAAUUACCCCAGUCACUUCGCCUUCUAAACAAUUCUUUACUUGAAGUCCUUGAUCUUUCCUUUAAUAUAUUCAACACUGUUGUUCCUAAAUGGAUGUUUAAUCUGAAUAACCUUGUUUCUCUUGAUCUAUCAUUUUCUAAUUUUCUAAGUCCCCUACCUGAUGGUCCUUGGAACUUGACAUCCAUUAUCACUCUUAGCAUCGGUGGUAAUGAAAUGAAUGGUUCAUUGCCUAGUCAAUUGUUUCAUCUUAGUGGUUUGGUAUCUCUUAGCCUAAGAGAUAAUCAAUUUCAAGGUCCCUUGCCCAAUGGUCCUUGGAACUUGACAUUUCUUAGUGUUCUUGACAUUUCCCAAAAUAAUUUGAAUGGCUCAUUACCCCAUCAAUUGUUUGGUCUUAGUCACUUGGUAUCUCUGGACAUAGGUUACAAUCAAUUGCAAGACCCUUUACCCAAUGGUUUUUCAAACUUGACUUUCCUUAAAAAUUUGGAUGCUUCUGGUAACCACAUGAAUUGCCGCAUACCAAAUUGGAUUUACGAUUUGACCAAUCUAGAGUCACUUGGUCUUGGUGACAACCAAUUGCAGGGAACCAUUUCAAAUUCUAUUUCUAAUUUGACGUCUUUGUGUGCCCUUUAUCUCGAUGGAAAUAUGAUUACUGGAGAGAUACCAAAGCAAAUUGGGAAUCUCAACAAGCUGCAAGUGCUUUCUCUCUCUCAAAAUAUGCUUACGGGAGAGAUACCAAAGCAAAUUGGGAAUCUCAACAAGCUACAAAGGCUUAAUCUCAAUGGAAAUAUGCUUACUGGAGAGAUACCAAAGCAAAUUGGGAAUCUCAGCAAGCUGCAAGUGCUUUCUCUCUAUGAAAAUAUGCUUACGGGAGAGAUACCAAAGCAAUUUGGGAUACUCAGCAAGUUACAAGAGCUUGAUCUUGCAAGAAACAGGUUAUGUGGACUUCUUCCUGAGAAUUUGGGGUAUUCAUUUCCAAUGAUUGAAAACUUGUACAUUUCAGAUAACAAGUUGGAAGGCAUAGUGACAGAAAAUCACUUUGUUAAUCUCACAAAGUUAAUCACUUUAAGUGCAUCUGGAAAUAGAUUAACCAUGCGUGUCAAUCCAAACUGGACACCUCCCUUCCAACUUGAGGAGCUUUAUCUAAGUGGCUGGAAUUUGGGUUCUCAAUUUCCUCUUUGGUUGCAAUCUCAACAUCAAAUUUCUGCGGUGGACAUUUCUAAUGCUGGAAUAGAGGGAGAUGUCUCCGACUUCUUAUGUCAUACACAAAAUAUGCCAAAUAACCUUCGAAUACUUCAUUUGGGAGGAAACGAUUUAUCUGGAGAAAUUCCGGACUGUUGGAUGCAUUGGCCAAACUUGAAAGUAUUAUAUAUGAAGGAAAACAAAUUGGUUGGAAGCAUACCAGAUUCCAUUGGGCUUUUGAAUAUGUUGGAGUCUUUAGAUGUGCACAAGAACAUGCUUUCAGGUCAUAUACCUCCAUUGUUGCAAAAUUGCACCUCUCUAUUUAAAAUUGAUAUGGGUGACAAUGGAUUCACAGGGAAAAUCCCAAGAUGGUUGGGGACUAGUCUUCCAUAUUUAACAAUCUUAAGUCUUCGAUCAAAUAAGUUUUAUGGUGAAUUGCCUCUAGAGUUUUGUCAUCUCACAUCCCUUCGCAUUUUAGACCUUUCCAAUAAUCACUUCUCUGGUUUAAUACCCAGGUGUUUUAAAAAUUUCACUGCAAUGAUCAAUGAAGAGGAUUUUUCCAAUGCAAAAUUUGAAAUGAGUUAUUCAACUUUUGCAAAUUACUUCGGUGAAAGUGCUCUAGUUACAACAAAAGGACUUGAGUAUGAGUAUGCUUCUAUCCCUUUAUCAUUGUUUGUUGAGAUGGAUCUUUCAAGUAACAAUUUCAUUGGGGACAUUCCAAUUGAAUUGACCAAUCUUUUGAGAUUGAGAUCCUUGAACUUAUCAAGAAACAAUUUGACUGAAAAUAUCCCUACGGAAAUGGGGAACAUGAAGUUAUUAGAAUCACUUGAUCUUUCAAGAAAUCAACUUUUUGGAAAAAUUCCAUCAAGUUUCUCAAGUUUGUACAGUCUAGGUGUUUUAGACUUGUCUUAUAACAACCUCUUCGGGAAGAUACCUCCAGGUACUCAGUUGCAAGGCUUUAAUGCUUCGUGUUAUGGUGGCAACAACCUUUGUGGCCCUCCGGUCUCACAAAAUUGUAGUGUUGGUGAUGGCGAAAUUCCCAAAAACAAAACUAAAGGAGAUGGUUGUUGUGGAGUGGAUUGGUUCUAUGUUAGCAUGGCUAUAGGAUUUGCUGUGGGCUUUUGGGGGAUCUGUGGUUCUUUGUUUUUUGUGGAACCUUGGAGGAUUGCCUAUUUUAAGUUUUUAGAUAACAAGUUGAAAUCCUUUUUAGCAUGGGCACAUGCUCUAAGGAUUAAGUUUACCUAGUAAUAAUUUAUCAUGUAAGACUCUUUGUAAUUUUAUUCUGAUGUAAUAAAUCUCUCUAUUACAUUGUA